AUGUUCCACGAGAAACUCGACGUCAAGCUUAUUCGCCAAGUGAAAGAGAACCCGGUCUUGUACGACUACACCCAUGAGAAGUACAUGGACUUCAACGCCAGGGAAGUGGCCUGGCAGAAGAUCGGGGACGAGUUGAAAAGGCCAGCUGCAGAUUGCAAAGUCAGAUGGAUAAACAUUAGGGAUGUGCAUAGAAGAAUACUGAGAAAAAGUUUAGUGAAUUCGUCUCGUCCGUGUAAAUCUUACAAGUAUGACAGUGAGCUAGUUUUUAUGAGACAACAUUACAAAGACGUCUCCGCCCCCUCAGCUACCUGUGAUGACGAAGAAAAAGGGGACGAUUGGAGCGCCAUGGUCUGCGACAACGAUGGUACCGGUAUUCAAAACGAUUCUUGCAGCGAUGAUUCAGAAAAACCCAUUAAGAAAAUUAAAACAAAACGCAAAAAGGCUAAAAAACGAAAAGAAUUGUUAUACGAAGAAGAGGAAAAACAGGCAACCUCGACAUUUAAUGAAGCCCCGACUAUUUCGGGUGAAUUUGAUACAACAGAUCCGGUUGAUGCUUUUCUAUUGAGUAUCGGGGCCACGCUGAAGACAUUUUCACCGUAUCACUUAAAUGUCGCUAAAAUCGCGCCGAGCCCGUCUCGCCGUCGCCUCGUCGACACACCAGUCGCUGCUGCUGCUGCAAUGCCGCUGCCGUUCAACAAGAACUUGGACCUUAAACUGCUGGACUUGGUCAAAGAAAACCCCAUUCUGUACAACAUUAAACAUUCCAAAUAUCUAGACUUCGAUGCGAGAGAAGUUGUUUGGCAAAAGAUUGGUGACGCUCUCAAUAGACCCGCUCUGAUCUGCAAGUCCCGAUGGGUGAACAUAAGAGACAUGAUGCGCCGCAAGAUCCGCGACCGCCUCCGGAACCCCACCGCCCACAGCUAUAAGUACAAAUACGAAGACGAACUAUCCUUUAUGCUCCCCUACUUCAAGGAAACUCCAGUGACAGGAACCAGUGAUGAAUAUCCGGAAUUCUUAGAAGACAGCGCUUGUGAGGUUGAAAUGCCUACAGAAGUAUUUGUGGACGAGAGCAUAGACUACGAAGAGCCUAGGGAAACGAAACCAGUACUUAGAAAAAGACAAGAAGAAGUCAGUUCCCCACAAAAUAACACCUUCCAAGAACCAGUUUAUCAAGAGCUUAGCCCUACGGACCCUUUGGAUGUCUUUCUCUUAACGAUAGGGUCCACGUUAAGGAAGUUCAGCCCUUAUUACAUGAACCAGGCGAAGAGUAAGAUCUUUCAGGUGGUCCAGGAGUACGAGCUGCAGCAGAUUAUGAAUCUGAAUAAGGAUGAUCAGACCCCGGGCAGUAGUACUGCGUCUAUUAUGUGA